AGGUAAAUGUAUGCUUUGCAGAACUAGGAAUUGGUUUCCUUUUCGUGAUUGAAAUUCUGGUAACUGCUUGAAAGUUUUGUGCUUUUGAUGUAUCAUAAGGACUAUUCACUUGCUAGAGUAAUGGGCUGUUGCAGCUGUUUUGGGUUCUCCUGGAAGCCCAAACGGAAAACAACACCCAUUUCCAGGAGGAAUCACAAUCUCUCCCAGGAAUUGUUUUUGGAUGAAGAAAUUGAAUAUGAGGAAAAUGGCUCAUAUAAUGGGGACAUUACUGACAAUGCUUAUGGGGAGGACAGUGAGUUUCCUACCUUUGUCAAACAUGCAGAAGAGAUUUUAAGAAUUAGAGAACAGAAUGGAAUGGUUUGCAGGCAAUUUCCUGUCAAGGAAACCCAUAAACUUGUUCGCACAGAGGAUCAAGAUGGUUAUAAGAUGGUCAAUGAAUACGUUCGGGAGCAUAAGAUUGGUGCUGGGAGCUAUGGAAAAGUGGUUUUGUACCGGAGCACUAUAGAUGGAAAGUAUUAUGCAAUUAAGGCUUUUCACAAGUCUCACUUGUUGAAGCUGCGGGUUGCACCUUCAGAGACUGCAAUGAGCGAUGUUCUCCGUGAGGUUCUAAUCAUGAAAAUGUUGGACCAUCCUAAUAUUGUCAAUCUCAUUGAGGUGAUUGAUGACCCAAACACAGAUCACUUCUACAUGGUUCUUGAAUAUGUAGAUGGAAAAUGGUUUUCAGCAGAUACUAAUUCUCCCGGUGUAAUUGGAGAAAACACUGCUAGAAAAUACUUGCGGGACAUUGUAUCUGGGCUAAUGUAUCUCCAUGCCCAUAAUAUAGUGCAUGGUGAUAUUAAACCUGAUAAUCUUUUGGUCACUAGUUCCGGUACAGUGAAGAUAGGAGAUUUCAGUGUUAGCCAGGUAUUCGAGGAUGAUAAUGAUGAGCUUCGCCGAUCUCCUGGGACCCCUGUUUUCACUGCUCCUGAGUGCUGUCUAGGCCUGACCUAUCGGGGCAAAGCUGCCGACACAUGGGCAGUGGGAGUGACUUUAUACUGUAUGAUUGUCGGAAAACACCCAUAUAUUGGAGAGACGCUGCAGGAAACAUAUGACAAGAUUGUUAACGACCCUUUAGAGCUCCCAGAUGAAAUGAACCCACUGCUGAAGGACUUAAUUGAAAGACUUCUUUGCAAAGAUCCAAAGCAAAGGAUAACAUUAGAUUCUGUUGCUAAACACAGUUGGGUUAUUGGAGACAAUGGGCCAAUCCCUCAGUAUCUAUGCUGGUGCAAGCGAAAUAGCAUUCAAAGGCAACAAUCUAAUGGAGCAGCAAAUUCGAAACAAACAUGAGAUCACGGAAUCAGUAGAGACUCUUCACUGACUAAAUUGGUUUUUUAGUAGUUUGGACUUGUUCAUAUAUAUUAGGAAAAGAAACACUGUGCUCCAUUUUCAAUUUUUUUAUUUUUCUUUCAAUUUUUUACUCGGUGUUAUCGGAGAAUGAGUUGAAACUUGAAGGAAUGGAUCUAAGCUCUGGUGAUUGAAUGUUGAAAAAAAAGUAAAAACAAGAAAAAUGGAAAGACUGCAGUUCUUUUGGGAGUUGCCGUAGUUGUGGUAAAAUAUUUAAUUUUUGUAUUUGACCUGGGAUUGGAAGUAUGAUCUGAGUUGAGUUCUUGUCUGAUGUAAACCUGUUAUCUUUGUCAUGUUUGUUUUUUCUCCUUUUUUUGUUAUUUGAUUGGCGAUGAGCCUACAAAUUUGUAAAUAAUGGGGCUUCCACAGCAAAUUCUUGUUUGCUGCUAUUUUAUCUGUUUGUUCAUUAUAAUGAAAAAUGUAUGAUAGUUCAUUUGUUUUCUACAA